AUGGCACCCGACGACCACAAGAGCUUUUUCGAAAUCCUUCCCAAUGAAAUAUGGCAGCGUAUAGUUGGACUUUUUUCGCGUCUUCAGCAGAACGUGGGUCAGGGUGUCUAUCCGCAUGUCCCGGUCCUGAUCCUAUCAUAUGCUGGCUACACCUCGAACGGUAGAUCAAUGCCUGAGCUGCGUGUCGACCCUGCGUUGAUAUAUGGCCUGGUGGCGAAGCUGCGUAAUCUCGAAAUCAUUAGAUGGACUCGGCACGCUUUCCCCCCGCUGCUAUUCCGCGAUCUCAACAUAAGACAGCCUGCUCCUGAGCUCUUCAUUGACGGGGCUCCAUGUGACUUGGUAGGAGCUGGUCUUGAGGACGCAGCCUGCAUCAAAUCACUGAGCAUGACGUAUGGCAACCGGCCCUCAGAGCCAGAUAUCAAUGCACUUGGCAAGGUUAUCUCUUCCCUCCCCAAUCUGGAGCGUUUAAUUCUCAAGCAUCAUCCUGGACGUCGCCAUGGGGUAAGCCCGAUAUUCGACUUACUCUUGGGCAGCAUGCUCCCUCCCUUGCGUAUCCUUUCAUUGGCAAACUUUAGUUUUACCUCGGAACAAGCGGUGGGAUGGGCACGGUGUCUCAAGGGUCAAAGCCUUCGUGGCUUAUCCUUGGAUGGAACUAGCCAAUUGUCCGAAUUAAUUUGUCAUCUGGGUGGCUGUGUUGCAAACUUGCAGUCUUUGGAGAUCCGGAUCUCCGAUGGAACAGCCGCCUCUACUGGGCCGCAAAUGAUGGAACUGCUUGAUCAGUUCUUGCAGCAAAUCACCAAGCUUCGGGCAUUCUCCGCGUAUGACGUUCCCAAGGAGGUCCUUCACCAUGCAGUUCACCAUCACGGCAACCACCUCCGGCGACUUCGAUUCCGACGCACCCGUUGCUCUUUCCUCGAGCGGCCUGGGCGGUCUGAGCUAGGUUGGAGGCCGGAGAUAUAG